AUGGCACCUUCAAACCCUCUCGCCAACUGGGAGAAGGUCGGCGACAGCUUUUAUCGCAAAAUCCCUGAUAUGACGCCAAUAUUAGAUGAGGAGGCUGAACGAGACUGUAGAUCGUCGGUGAGCUGUACGGUGGAGCUAUCUGCGCUUUAUCGCGACGAGAGCAAGCCCAUUAGGCUGGAUUCACAGGCUUCCGUUGAGUAUCGAUGUUUAUUCCUGCUCCGGAAAGCAAAUCAAUCAAUCAAUUGGAACAGCCACCAUCCGCGGGUCGGCUCGUCAAAGAGGAGUAUAGUCGUUGCUGAAGAUGGCAUCUAUUUAGCCGCUACUUGGGUUGGAUGGCGACUCGCUUCUUUUCUCUUGAAACCGCCGAAGGAUAUAGGCGUAAUUCUGGUCAUCCGGUCUUGUGGUAUGCUCAAUAACAGCUCAUUGCAAUUCGAAAGUAGUGAUGAACCCCGACCACAAGCUCUAGCUCCUUGUCCGGAAGGUGAAUCUCAUCAUGGCAUUGAUUUCCACCCGCCAAACCCUUUCACGCUCGUGGAGGUCUUGUUCGCUGUUGAUAAGACGGUCCAUUUGAUUGACUCUACAGAGGCCGAAGAUAAGACCUGCAAGAUGGUUCAUCAAACAUGUUACACGCGUCACCAAUGGGCAGUUCGCACUUCACGAGAAGGCAAAUUUUGGGUUGUCAGUAAUGACUUCCAGGAGAGCAAGCUUAGCAAUAUCGAUUAA